UGUCAGGAACUCUAAGAGUCAUGGGCAUUAGCCUGACAGCCCGAAGGUUUCUGAGCCAACCUGAUGAGGCAUUUCUCUUACGAAAUGUCAGCAAGUGCUAUCACGUCGUAGCAAAAUGGGGAGGCAUGUCUUGCGCAAGCGAACAACUCCGGUAGAAUUUUAUUUCACUAUCAUAUUGACGCCGACAAUGUCUCUAGCAUGUACCUCCGAAAAUAAGUCGGGUGUCAGAUAAUCACUAAGGCUCAUGCACCUGUUACGCUUGCUCACGUUUUCUGGCGGAAGCUGACCUUCAGUAACGGAAGCUGGCCUUCAGUGACAGAAGCUGGCCUUCAGUGACGGAAGCUGGACGGAUCAUGACCAGUUCAGGAUGAACCGAUCAUUCAGUGACGGAAGCUGGACGGAUCACGACCAGUUCAGGAUGAACCAGUCAUGCAGUGACGGACGCUGCAACGCCGUUCCUAAUCUCGGCGGCGUCGGCGAAGUCACCUUCGCCAGGCAUCGCGACGUCGUAUGCAUCACUCCGGCUCCUGACAAUACCGCCGCCUCUCCUCCUGGUGCCACUGACCUGGGUGCAACGGCGACCCCCAGAAAAGCUUCCGGACUGGGCUUCCGGUCUCAAACCCUCGCCGCCUUACCCUCCUUCUCGGUCUACUGCUCAAACGACCUCGGUAGUCCGCUUCCGUUCCGCUCAGCUCCGAUUGCUGUAUCAGAGGAGCAGCUUUUCCCCAACGAGGAGGACUGUGAUGUCGUUUCGCUGUGUCCUGCCGUGCCGACAGCCAUGCCGACUCGCGAAAGGGAAGUUCUCAGUAACCGUGGUGCAUCGUUAACCUCGCCGGAGAAAGAGCACGCGUUGACAACCUCGCCAGAUUCCGGCGUGGCAUCUGACGAGUCAGUCGUUAUAUCAGACGGUUUCAGUUCCACAUCCGGCGGCGUGACUGAGCGUCCAUUAGUGGCGACAGCAUCAGACCCACUCAAGAAGGCGUCAGGUAGACAGACGCCCUUCCAUCCUGUCCUCUCAGAUAGCAUCCUACUCUCCCUAUCUCCAUCGGCCGAACUCCCCUCUGUCCCCUCCAUAGCCACUCCUUCGGAAGCUGUGGCUAUAACCACUCACGUCUUGAAAGAAACUACUCCUGUUAAAGCCCCUGACGUUUCCCAAGACGUUUCUUCUGCAAGCCCGGAGGCUUCCCAGGAUAGAGUCGGCGUGUUACUUUCUAGACCGUUGAUUCCGAUCUCUGUUGAUGUGGACGCAAUCGACGGCUGUCAAGAGACCAAGGGCGAUAUUUAUCACCCCCAUCGGCUGCACCACAGCGGACCCAUCAGCAUCGGUCGCCGCAAGAAAGCCGUCUUUGCUGCUGCUGUUGCUCCUCGAGAAGCAAGAAGGAGCGGGACUGCGGGUGCUGCUGUAGAUGGCGCUAUUGCCUCUGAUGCUCUCGCCGCUCGACAGGCCAGGAGGAGCAGUACUGCGGAUGCUGCUGCUGCUGCUGGCCGUGCUGGUGGCGGUUCUGUUGCCAGUGACGCUGAUGGAUCUGCUGCUGCUGUCCUUGGCAACAGUGGCGCCGGUCCUGACGCUGCUGAUGCUGCUCGGCCCGUUGCUGCAGGUGCAGAUGCGGCUAGAGGUCACAGUGGUAGCGCUGUCAGUGCUGGGAGAGCAGGAGGUGGGGGGAGCCUUAACAGCGACCCGUUCCGGUUCUUGAAGCCUUUGAAAAGACUGGGUAGGCGCCAUUCAGCAGGCAAGGCUGAGAUCUUGACAUUUCAGGAUAAUGCAGCAGCCUUCAUCCAGUCACAACCCCAUGAGGAUCAGCAGCAGUGGCAGCAGCAGCAUCAGGUGCCAGCAAUCCGCUCAUUUGAAUCAUUGGGCCAGGGUGUUUCACCCCAGGUCUCAUCCAUCACCCCGUUUUCGCCCUCUUCGAGCCCCAUCGCCUCUCCUCCCUGGUCAGCCAAGCCACCGCACUCCCUCAAUCCAGCCUCACAGUCAGCCUCGCCCUGGCUUAUACACACUUGUGCCUUGGGCCCACUGAGCUCAAGUGACACACACGGAGGGCCGCAGCAGUGCCUGACGUACCCCAAAUCAGCAUCUGACGCCUCAGAGAACGAGCGGCAGCAGCGGUCGCGGUCUCCCCAGCUGGGAUUCAGGUUCUUUUCCAAGCCACACAGGCGGUCUGACAGCCAGAGUAGUGGUAGCACUGGUGGUGGUGGUGGUGGUGGUGGUGGUGGUGGUGGUGCCGUGCGCAGCAGCAGUAGCAGCACGAGUGACGGUGCAGGCAGUCUGCACGGCAGCAGUGGUGCCACUGGGGAGCAUUGCAGGCCGGUCGUGUCGUCUUGGUCUGGUGACAUAGCUACCCUGGCUGCUCCCUGUGCAAGUCCCACAGGCACGAGUAGCUGGCGGGAGCAGCAGCAGCGGCAGAUGCAGCAACUUCGUCAGCGGCAGCAGAGGCAGCACCAGCAACAGCAGGCGCACUGGGAGCAGGACACCACAGGACAGUCGUCUCCUCCCCUGCCUCUCUCGCCUCUGAGCGAUGGCUCGUCUGACUCUUACCCUAGUUCUCCUCCCCUGGUCUUCGAGCGGUGCACGACUGAACCUGUUCUACACAAGUCCACACUGUCACCGACCUCAGGCAUGGGGGGUAAAGUAGUAGACGCAGAGGAGUUCGAGUACGCUGACGAGGAAGAGAACGAGCAAGUGGAAGGGAUGUGGAAGGGCUUAGGGGUUGGAGUGGUGAAGCAGCAGUCAAGAAUCCCCAGAGCAGCAGACAGGAGGAGAGCGGCUCGAGGGGGUGAUGCGGGAUUCACUUUUAUGCGAGGCUUGAAUGGGAGGCACAGAGACAGACGAGGGGGCUCUGGCACUGUACCUCAGGAUAUGGGGAAAGGAGAAAUGGGGGGAGGAGCAGCAGGAGCAGCAGGGGGAUUGCGCUUCCUUCCGCCUGCCCCUGUUCGGACCCAGAGUGUUCCAUCCAGUGCUAGUGAAUUCCCACGCUCUUCCAAGCUAGACAAGGUUGUUUACUGUCCGCCUGUGCGUGUCCCAGUCGAUCCCAGCCGUCCAAUCGCCCUGUCAAUCCGCCCCCGCCCUCGAUCUGCCGUCAUGCCCCAAGGCACACCGCAUGCCAGCAGAACAUGCCUGCUGGUAACCCUAGACUCGGUAACCUUUCUGGUUACAGAUGACGGCAUCAGGGUGUGGGAUAUCCAGCAUGUUAUGACGGCAGGUGGAGCCUCGGGACUGGGGAACCCUAGGGGAGAUGAAGAGGCAGCUGCGUUAUUCUGGGUGCCAUUUGGGGCAGGUGUAUCUGCAGCCAAGAGCAUUGCAGUGGAUGGCAAGGCGCGGAUGGUGUUCACAGGGCACAGGGAUGGCAGGGUGCUGGUGUGGCAGGUGCGCGAGAGAGGGGAUGGGAGAGGGAGCGUGACAGAGGAAGAUACAGCAAGCAGCAAGGGGAGACAGGUAUGGGCGAGGGGGGAAUGGGGAGCAGGCACGGAAGGAGGAGGAGGAGGAGGAGGAGCAAGGAUGGGCAAGGAGACAUGUGUGGGUGGUGGAGAGAACGAGCCUUGCUGGAAGGUAUGGGUGGAGCUGGUGGCUGAGUGGCAGGCGCAUGUCACCACCGUGACGGCUCUCGUUGUCACGUCUUACGGUGAGCUGUGGUCAGCAGGCGACAGGGGCGUCAUCAAGGCAUGGCCAUGGCCCAGCCUGCACCAGGAGCUCUCCCGAGCCUCAUCUCUCCUCAACCCAGCAGCCGGACCACAUGCCAUGUCUGUAACCUCUGGCCCUCUCCGUGCCCCUUGCGUGAUUCACCCCACUGCCGAGCCUGUGCUCCUGCACGCCCCCUCCUCCUCUUGCUCGCGCCCCCGGGCCACCGCUCGUUCUGCUUCGGCUGCUGCUGCGUCAGCUGCUGCUUCAGAUGUAACUGCUGCUGCUUGUGAAGCAGCUGGUGCUGCUGACAGCAGUGAAAGUGUAUCUCCUGUGUUGGUGGGGAGUGGUGGAGGGGUCCCUAACGCUGCUAACAGCACUCCAGGUGGUGCGACUGCUGAGAACGAGGGUGGCAGUGGGGGAGUGGUGUAUGGAGUGACAUCUGUGCGGCGAUUGGUGUCAGAUCCAGCAACGGGGCAACGAGCGCUAGUGUGCCACGUGAAGGUGAAGGACGAGGAGAAGGCUGCUGCUGAUACCUCCUCGGGACCUGUCGCUAGUGGGGCGAGCAGUACGGUGCUCCCUGCAUCUAGCAGAUCGGCAUCAGGCAACACCUCAGCGCUUGUCAGCGGGGGUGCUACUGGAGUCACCAGUGCCACCAGUGCCGCCAGUGCCACCAGUGCCGCCAGUGCCACCAGUGCUGCCAGUGCCACCAGUUCCGCCAGUGCCUCUGCUGUUUCAGGCAGCGAGGGAGACGCAUCAGUGGCAGAAAAACCACCAUCUGCCAAGGAUGAACCCCCGUACCCCUCUUCCUCCUCUUCAGGCUAUCCCUCCUCCUCCAUCCCCUCCUCCUCCUCGUCCCGCCCGCCCAAACGCAAGCUGCAUGCGGUGGCGCCAGCUGGCGAUGGCACAGUGUGGAUCGGCCACGGGUCGGGCGCGCUCAGGCACUACGACUGGGCGGGCGGCAAGCUGCAGGAGGUCAUGAUGGAGGCCGGCGUGUGUUGUCUCUGUGUAGUGGGGCUGCGGCUGUGGGUGGGAACAGCGGACGGCACGAUCACCGUGCUGCAUGUGCGCACUGGGAGGUGGAUCGGGGCCUGGCAGGCACACUCCCAUACACCAUGCUCCCAGGCAGGGGCCAAGGGGUCACGGUCUGCUGGGUCAGCAGCAGGGUCAGUAGCAGGGUCAGCAGCUGGGUUAACAGCAGGGGCGACAGCGGCAGGAGACGGAACGGAUUUGGAUCAAGUGCCCUCCGCCGAUGAUGCACCCCUCUCUUCUCAAGCCUCCGCAUCAGCGGUGGCGGCAGCGGCGGCGGCCCCAGCAGCCAUCCGCCAGCUGGCGCGGUGCAGCAGCUUCAUCGUGUGCGUGGCGCGCACGGGCCAGGUGAGCGCGUGGCUGGCUGCCAUCCCCGGCCCGGUGGACCCUGUGCUGCGCUCCACCCUCUCCUCCUCCUGUGCCCUCUUCACCGCCCGCCAGCGCUUCCGCCUGGCUGCGUGCACGUGGAACGUGGGGGAGGAGAGAGCGGUGCAGGGGAGUGAGGUGGAGAUGAACGCAGGGGCCAUUGCGAUAGCGGCGGCGAAGGAGUCGGUGAGGAUGGGGCUGCAGGAGCGGGGGUCGGCACUGGGGGACCACUGGGUGGCGGCUGUGGGCGCUGCUCUGAACUCCAAGGGUGUCUUUGUGCGGAUCAUGUCGAGGCAGAUGGCAGGGAUUCUCAUCACCGUUUGGGCACGGGCGUCGUUUGCCCAUCUCAUCUCUGAUGUGGAAGUGGGUGCUGUGCCUCGGGGCUUUGGCCGAAAGCUUGGGAAUAAGGGAGCGGUGGCGGUGCGCAUGAGUGUGUGUGGUCGCUCCGUGGCGCUUAUCAGCUGCCAUCUCGCCGCCCACAUGGACGGGGUGGCCAAGCGCAACGACGACUGGCGCCGCAUCUACCGCCAUCUCUCCUUCUACCGCCCGCAGCCCACCCUCGCCUCCGCUGCCUCCUCUGCUGCGAGAGCCGCUGGGGGCGGGCUGAAAGCUGGCCUGCAGUCGGCAGUGCAAGGGAUAGUCAAGGCUGCUGCAGGGGCGGCGGUCGGAGCUGCAGCAGCAGCCGCAGGGGCAGCAGGAGCAGUGGCAGGGGCGGCAGCAGGGGCAGGAGGGACAGGAGGGGCAGGGGGAUCAGGAGGAGCAGGAGCAGCAGCAGCAGGGGGGUCAGGGGCAGGAAUGGGAAUCAGUCCAAAGAGGGGAGGGUUUGGGAGCGGGCGGCUCACUGGGGAUUCACCGGGCGGGAGAUUUGAUUGGUCGGAUGAUGCCACGUCAUGGCUGGACGACUUGGUCCUUGCACGUGAUGGGGAGGAGGAGCUUGAGGAGAUGAAGACACCAGAGCUGGCAGACGCAGAUCUGCUGGUGUGGAUGGGCGACCUCAACUACCGUGUGGAGGGCGUCUCCUACGAGCAGGCCAAGGGGGAGGUGGCGGCGCGCAACCUGGCAGUGCUGCUGGCGGGGGACCAGCUGCGGCGGGAGAUGGCGUGUGGGCGGGCGUUUCGAGGCAUGGAGGAGGGGCUCAUUGCCUUCCCCCCCACCUACAAGUUCGACCGAGGGACCACUGAUCCCCUAGCGUAUGACUCAGGGGAGAAGCGCCGUGUGCCCGCAUGGUGCGACCGAGUGCUCUUCCGAGAUAGCUUCACUCCCAGCCUGCCGCCCUCACCGCCGCCCACAUUGCCGUCCACACUUCCACCCACCUCCCUACCUUCCCUGCCUUCCUCUCUGCCUCCCUCCAUGCCUCCUGUGCUCCCCUCUCCCCCCACUUCCUCCUCCUCUCCCACCCUUCCCACUCUCGCUUCUCCUCCCACUAACACGAGCCCCACCUCCGCCUCAUCAUCACCAGCAGCAGUACCAGCAGUGGCAACGGCUGCAACGCCGUAUGCAGAGCCACGCGAGCUGAGCAAAACAGAUGAAAGCACAGGAGACAUGAGUGAGGUUCACAUUUUCCAGGGCCUGGUCAAUGAAAGGGAGACUCUGCCAGUAGUAGAACACAGUAAUUUUGCGCCCGGGUAUGGCAGCACUGAGGACUUGAGUAACAAGGAUUUGAGUGGUAACGGAAGGUCUGGUAGUGGCUCUAGCGAGGAUGGUAGCAACAGCCCCCAGGCACCUGGUGGUGUUCCUGCUGCCUUCACUUUUGCGUCCUCUAGUUCCGCUGCUGCUGGUUCUGCUGGUGCUCCUACAGCUGCUGGUGGGGGUGGUGGUGCUGCUGUUGCUGCUGGUGCUGCUGGUGCUGCUGGUGCUGCUGGUGCUGGUGGUGUGACUGCGAGUUCCAGUGCUGGUGCUCUGCAAAGAGCACUCAAGCACCAGGAGAGCACUCUCGCCCAGCCAAUGAAGGCUCGAGUGCAGCGCUACGACGCCUGCAUGGCAGCCACUCAAAGCGACCACAAGCCCGUCAGGUGCCUCCUGGACGUCUCCGUUGCUUCAAUAGACCUGCCCGCCACCAGGUGCCUGCUCGGCCGCCUGCUCACCCUCAGCAGCCAGGUCCGGGCAGCCCUGCAAAAUUCGCCGCACCUGCCCGAUGUGCCAGCUGCAGGCUCGUGUGUGGAUGUGGAUCCUUCGACCGGGCAGGCUUCAGUGAUUGUAAUGAAUCGGAACGACAGUGACUCUAUGGGGUUCAUUGUGCAGUGUGAGGGGGAGACUGUUUCUUGGUCUGGGAGGGAGCAGGGGGGUGAGGGAGCAUUGGAGCAAGGGAGUGAGGGAGAGAGGCAGCAAGGGAGUGUAAGUGGAGGGAAAGGCACAGGGGGAAGCAGAAGGGGAGGUAGCAGGGAGAGCAGUUGGCAGGGAGGACAGAUGGUGCGGGCAGGUGGUGGAUUCCCUCUCUGGCUCAAGGUGCUACCUGGGGCAGGCAUCCUGAUUGCGGGUGGCAGCAUGACCAUCAACUUUUGCAUCUCACCCUCCUCUGCUGAAGCACCUGCGUUUAGCAUGGGGCACCAUGAGGCAAACAGUGACCUGCAGCAGCCGGCAAAGCCAAAGCCUGUGAGCGGGUCUGGUAACGAGGGGACGGAAGUGGGACAGAAACAGGAGCAGCAGCAGGUGGCUCAGGAGCAGGGGGGCGCAGGAGUAGGGGAGAGGGUUCUAGAGAUGUCUCUCACCACGUGGGGGCCAGCACCGGUCAGCACACACACCCACCGCUUCUCCCUCCGCAUCCCUCCAUCCUUGUGUCUCCCGUAUGAGCCGUUUGAGUCGACUCAAAAUACACAUGUGAGCACGUGGGGUGGUGGGGCCAGCAUGUAAGCGACCCAUUGUGUAAAUAGCCACAGCUGCAUGCGUUGCCCAGGCUGCAGCUGCAGGCGAGCCUUCAGGGACAGGGCUUGCCUUCUUCCUAGCUUAGUCGUAGGAAGCCUAGGGCUCUGCACGCUGACUGUUGAGUUGUCUGUCUGUUGGUUUUCCAGCUUGGCAUUAAAUUUCUAUCACAAUC